GAAGUUUACAAAGUACUGACCUGCCCACUUUUACCUGCCACUGUGCCAACAAAUCAAUCCUUUAGCCGUCUCAGGUUUAUAAGGAGUGGAGAGUUAGCCGUGACAUGGAGGCAGACUCACUGCCAGGAAAAAGAAGUUACUGUUUUCACUGAUAAUAACAAAACAAGUACAGGACUUGCCAUGGAUACCAUCUUUUCUACGCAGGCUUCUUACCUUCUGGCCCUCUCUUUUGUUAUGGCACAAACAGAAAAUGGGAAUUUGACCAUGGCACCAACAACAGCAAACUCUGACUUGCCCUUUCUUGGUAAUCUGACACACAUGACUGCAAUGCCAAAUAUAUCUAACUUCACUGCACAGGGAACUACUACCUCAAACCUGACGGAGAAUGAGACUCCGUUUCCCAGCAUGACCUGGGACAAUGAAACAUUCACCAAAACUACUGCAGCCACAACUGAGAGCACAAUUAAUCUCCAGACAUCUCAGUCAACAACAAUCGUGACUCCUCUCACAAAUAGUACCCCACUGACGACCACAACACAUAACACUCCAACGACAACACCAGCAAUGCCGACCACAGCAGGUUAUACAAGUACACCUGAUACUACAGUAACAACUGCAAAUUCGUCUCACACUGUCAACACAACCUCAGACUCAGUGGAUGAAACCACACAAGCAGAUUUGCCACUAGACAUUUCAGAAAAGAGUAUGACUAUUCUCUUCAGCGUUGUACUUGGAGUUCUUGCUACAGCAUUGGUUGUGUUCAUGUUUCACAAAUGCAAACAGAAAAUCCAAUAUUUGCAUCAACCUCUUAACAACUCUGAUGACACAGAUGCAUUUGCGACGGAUGAUGACACACUCGUUAUUUCUGGAGGACUUUACGAUGGCCAUCCGAUAUACGACAAUGUACCAACAGUCCCGGCAGAUCAAUCUCAAUUUCGCCUUGAGUUCCUUCAUUAAGGACAGAGUUCUUAGAGUUUGAGGUCAACUUUAGUGCUCAACAGGCUUGGACAAAACCAAGUUUCCUCAACUGACAAUUUGAAUACUGAAAUUUCACCCAAGUGAAAUUCAAAGACCUUUUGAGAGGCUAAUCGUGGCGAAGAAGAGCAAAUACUGAAGGGCGAAUAUUCAAACAAGGACAAUAGUGAAUGAUUUGAACAUUACUUUAAUUCAGAUCACUGUCCAUACUAGGAUACAUCAGUUAAUUUAGUUAAUUAUUUAACAUUAAUUUAAUUUAAUAUCUAUAACAACUACAUCAACACCUUAACCACAACAACAAUGUAAACCUGUCUAAGAAUGAAUCAGAUUUCAUGUGAACACCAGUUAAGAUAAAUUAUUCAACAAAAACAAUUUUCUUUUCAAGGUACUUAAAGUGUACAUAUCUGCAGUCACUUAAAACCUAAAUUCUCAAAACCCAAAACAUACUGGAAUAUGAACACCUGAACACAUCUGUUAACAAUACUGUUUAGUUGAUCCAUAACAAUACUUUCUAUGUUGAGAAAUAAUUCUGCCUGCCGUUAUAAUUGUUGCCUAUUAGCUCCUUAACAGUAUUAUAUAGGCAUUUUAAUAGUCUGAUCAAGCACCUGUCCAAUACUGUUGCAAUUAAUCUUUAUCUGACUUAUAACAGUACUAGUUAAGCAAAGAUCUUCUCAUUGCUCUUCCUCUUUUUUUUGUCACAGCCAAUAACAGCUGUCCAACCAGAAUCUCUCAUCCUUUUCACUGCAGCUAGCUUCAAGGAGUUCCCUGGUGACUUAUUCUUGACAGGGCUCUGGAUCUGACAAAAUGUUGAUCCAUAUUUUUAAUGAGUUAAUGGACAAUUCUUACUUGUCCGUGUAGAAAAUGCAUAAUUCUAAUUUUCAAACAGCAUUACACUGCUACUGUCAUAUUACCUUCCGCAUGCUGCCUUUGCAGAGUGGAGCAGAAAACUCGGGGGUGGAUGCACUUGCAAAUCUCUGGUAAGAACAGAAGGACAAAUCAGCAAAUAAUAAAAAAAAAAAAACACAGUGUACGG